UCCAGCUGAAAACGCAUUUUCAAUCGCAAUGUUCGGUUGUAUCGCCGCCGGCCGGCCCCUCCAAACAAACAUGGUGAUGCUCUCCCCAACGACAGCCUCCUUCACCCUCGACGACGCCUCCUCAAUCAACCACGUCGUCAUCUUCCUCAUGCCUGAUACCGUUCUUCCAGCCGGACAAGGCGCGACGAUUUAUUUCCAGCUGCCGGGGAAGGAGUUCCGGUUGUUGGGGAGCGUGAGCAUGGAAAAGCAGUCUGCGGUGUUUAAGUUGAAGGGCCCAGGUGCGGCAAAGACGGGUGGUGAUGAGAUGAUGCAUGAUGAGGCCGUGAGUGGACCGCUUAUCAUCGGCAUUCAAUUGGAGCCACUGGAGAGCAUCGGCGCACAACUGCAACAAAUGCAGCAGAACAUGUCUGGAGCCACCACCACUGGUGCUGGAGCCCUCAUCAAACCACCACCGCCCCCAAGCACCGUCGCUGACAAGAUCAUGAAACACCUCUUCAACUACCUUACCAGUUUCGCUACCCAGAAUCUCCCGAUGGGCGCAAUGGCGCUGGGACAAAUCAAUCCACAGACGACGUAUGUCCCGUUGAAGGCAUUUCAGGAGUGGUACGCCAAGUUCACGAACAGAAUUCGACAGGAUCCGACGUUUUUGGAUAGGGAGGAUGUUUGAGCGGAGAUGAAUUCGUGAAAAUACGGGCAGUAACGGUGUUACCUUUUAUACUUAGCGGGCGUUUUUCAUUCUUAGUGAGGAUACAACAAAUCAACAAUAGCAAGACCAAUCAAUCAGUAGAUAUCCGGC